AUGGAAUUGAAGAAGGCGACACCGGAGCACCUCCUAGAUGAGCCAUGCGACGGUGACAUCAACGCCGUAUCGCCCACGGCGCGGCAUCAAGAUGUCCACGCUACACCCGCGUCAAAGAUCAUCGAGCGUGGGCAGCAAUUCUGGAACAACAUUUACGGGAAGAUUUCUAGACGGAUCCUGAGCCAGCUGGACAGGUCUGGUACGGAGGACCUGGGCCUGACGGCACGGCUAAUGUAUGGGUAUAUUCUGAGCAACACCAACGUGCUGUCCCCCGUGGAAACGUCAUACGUGCUCAUUGCCGGGCUCAUCCCCCAGGAUGUCAACCCACAACUCAAGGGCCAUUUGCGAGGCGCUCUCAACAACGGGGCGACGGCGGACGAGGUGAGGGCUGUGAGAGGUAUCGCCAUUGAGAUCUGCGAAGCCUCGGGUAUGAAGCAACUUGGCGAGGAUGUGCCAGGCGGCUGGGGAUGGCGCAGUGAGGUUGCGACGAUUUGA